AUGACGGUCAUACGACCGAACUACAGGACAGAUGAUUGGCACAAGAUAUGUGGCACAUGGGUCUUUAUUACUUCCACUCACCAACCACUGUUGCCUGUACCUCCAUUUGAUCUGAGAAUUAUACAUAGAAAGAAUAGGACUGGAUUUGAAGAAAACAAGGAACUGCCCAUUGUGCUAAAUACAGUCUUGGCUGGAAGGCAUUAUGUAACAGAAUAUCUUUGUUCAGCUGCCUUCAGUAGGGUUGUUCAGGCACAUGAUCUUCAGACAGGAAUAGAUGUUUGCUUGAAGAUCAUUAAAAAUGACAAAUACUUUUUUGAUCAAAGCUUAGAUGAAAUCAAGCUUCUAAAACUUGUCAAUAAGCAUGACCCACCAGAUCUACACCACUUUUUGCGCCUUUAUGAUUAUUUCUACCAUCAGGAGCAUUUAUUCAUUGUAACUGAACUUCUGCAAGCAAACUUGUACGAAUUUCAGAAGUUCAAGCAAGAAUCUGGAGGGGAAGAAUAUUUUACGUUGAACAAAUUGCAGCUCAUUACUCGCCAAUGUUUGGAAGCAUUGCAAUACUUGCAUAGCUUGGGAAUUGUUCACUGUGACCUGAAGCCAGAGAACAUUCUAAUCAAAAGUUACAGAAGAUGUCAGAUAAAGGUUAUUGAUCUAGCAGGAAGCAGUUGCUUCCAAACAGACAAUUUGUGUCUAUAUGUACAAUCCCGAUCCUAUAGAGCUCCUGAAGUGAUGUUAGGCCUUCAAUAUGAUGAAAAGAUUGAUAUAUGGUCUCUCGGCUGUAUCUUGGCAGAGUUAUGCUCUGGUGAAGUACUAUUUCCAAAUGAUGCAGUUGUGAUGAUUCUAGCACGCAUGAUUGGAAUGUUGGUUCUAUUGAUAUGGAGAUCUGUAAGAGAAUACACAUUACGGAUAGCUGAAUUGUCACUUGAACUUGAAGUUGGAGAGGCAAAGAUCAUUCCAGCUCAGAAAGCUCAAGAGGCAUCUUGUAUUCUUGCUAAAUUUGAAGAAGCACAAGAUACAAUGAGAGAAGCAGAUAUUAUGAUCAACGAAUUUGUGAUAGCUAAUGAGUAA